GCUGUGUCCAGCCAGCUGAACGCUGUAACCGAGGACAUGUACGCCAACGGGUCUGCUUCCCCUGGGAGCCCUGCCCAGGCCAAGGGGCAGGAGGUGCGGAAAGUGCGGCUCAUACAGUUUGAGAAGGUCACGGAGGAGCCCAUGGGAAUCACUUUGAAACUGAAUGAAAAACAGUCCUGUACCGUGGCCCGGAUUCUUCAUGGUGGCAUGAUCCAUAGACAAGGCUCCCUUCAUGUGGGGGAUGAGAUCCUAGAAAUCAAUGGCACAAAUGUGACUAAUCACUCAGUAGAUCAGCUGCAGAAGGCCAUGAAAGAAACCAAAGGAAUGAUCUCAUUAAAAGUAAUUCCCAACCAGCAAAGUCGUCUUCCUGCACUACAGAUGUUCAUGAGAGCACAGUUCGACUACGAUCCCAAAAAAGACAGUCUGAUCCCUUGCAAGGAGGCGGGACUAAAGUUUGUUACAGGGGACAUUAUCCAGAUCAUCAACAAGGAUGACAGCAACUGGUGGCAGGGGCGGGUGGAAGGCUCCUCCAAGGAGUCCGCGGGACUGAUCCCUUCCCCCGAGCUGCAGGAAUGGCGGGUGGCGAGCGUGGCUCAGUCCGCUCCAAGUGAAGCCCCGAGCUGCAGUCCUUUCGGGAAGAAGAAGAAGUAUAAAGACAAGUACCUGGCCAAGCACAGCUCAAUUUUUGACCAGUUGGAUGUUGUUUCCUACGAGGAAGUUGUCCGGCUCCCUGCGUUCAAGAGGAAGACCUUGGUGCUGAUCGGAGCCAGCGGGGUUGGUCGCAGCCACAUUAAGAAUGCCCUGCUCAGCCAGAACCCGGAGAAGUUCGUGUACCCGGCCCCGUACACAACACGGCCACCAAGGAAGAGUGAGGAAGAUGGGAAGGAGUACCACUUCAUCUCAACAGAGGAGAUGACGAGGAACAUCUCUGCUAACGAGUUCUUGGAGUUUGGCAGCUAUCAGGGCAAUAUGUUUGGGACCAAGUUUGAAACCGUGCACCAGAUUCAUAAACAGAACAAGAUUGCAAUCCUUGACAUCGAGCCCCAGACCCUGAAGAUUGUUCGGACAGCAGAGCUUUCACCUUUCAUUGUGUUCAUUGCACCUACUGACCAGGGCGCUCAGACGGAAGCCCUGCAGCAGCUGCAGAAGGACUCUGAGGCUAUCCGCAGCCAGUAUGCUCACUACUUUGACCUCUCCUUGGUCAAUAACGGUGUUGAUGAAACCCUUCAGAAACUGCAGGAAGCCUUUGAGCAAGCAUGCAGCUCUCCACAGUGGGUGCCCGUCUCCUGGGUUUACUAAGCUUGCAGCUCGGGGAGCUAGUGUGCCUCUCUUUGCAUUUGAACUCCAUUCCCCUUGCUUUAAGAAAAAAGGGCUGCUUCAACUAGUUGUCAGCUUCCAGCUCUCUGCAACUCUCCCAGAUAGGCCACUAGGAUCAUCUUAUCACGCAGGCUCCUGAAAGGCUGGGUUUGGUUUUCCUGAUGGGGUCCUACUGAUCUGGAUCUCAAAAAGGUAUCUGGAAAUUGGGAAUAAGUACUACCAAAACGCAACUGCUAAUCACAGAUGCACAAAAAAGCAGUGGAUCCUUUUCCUCUGAAGCCUAAGCUUCUCCACCUUCAACUGCACUGGGUAGCUUUUCAUUGGUCUUUACUUUGGAGAAAGCAUUUUUUGCGACUUUCUAAGAUGCCAAGUGAAACAGCUGUGCAAGUCACCUGCUCUAGGGAAACUCUCAAAGCAAUAAAGAUGUGGCUGUGAAAACACCAA